GUGCGACUUCCUCCAUUAAGUUAGAAAGAACAGCAGCAGGUAAAUGAAGUACACAUUUCAGUCAGAUGAGUGCAUGGUCAUCACUAUACCUCUGGGCAGUCUCAGAGAUGCUCAGGAGGGCCAGCUGAUGCCUGAGAAGUUCCACUGUGUCUUCAAAGAUGUCUACAAGGUCUUCCUCAAGGGUCAGCCUAAAGCUCUGGGGGCAGCUCAGCUCAUUGCUGGAGUCCUUGUCUUGAUUCUGGGGCUACUGCUUGUCCAGCACAGACCAUUAGUUCUGAUAUACACCAUGACCAGUGUCCUGUUUGUUGCUGCCGGAAUACUGACCUAUGCUGCAGGUCAUUCUCCAGAUAUGUGUGUGGCCAAACUGUCAUUUUCCUUGAACAUCGUCAGCUGUUUCUGGACAUUAGCUGCUGUUGCUCUCUGCACUGCUGAUGUUAUCUCUUUUGGUUUCCACGGGGACCAUCAAGAGGUAUUUUCUGGAAUCAAAUGGAUGAUUGUAGUUCUCCUGGUCAUUGAACUGGUCGUUGCCAUGGUGGUGAUCUACUGGGAGAGUAAAGCAGUGUGCAGACAGCACUUCAACAUUCUGCCCAUGGUCACCCUGAAGCAGGACGUAUGAACAACCACAAACAAUUAAGUGAAAUCAUUACUAAACUUGUACGACAUUUGUUUUACUUGUGCCAAUUCAUAGUGGAUACAGAUAGUCUUCACUUUGUGUUUGUUAUUAUGAUGUUGUGAUUACCUAUGAUGUAGUAGUCAUUACCUAUGGUGUAGUAUUGAUUACCUAUAAUGUAGUAGUGAUUAUAUAUGAUGUAGUAGUUGUUACCUAUGAUGUAAUAGUCAUUACCUAUGAUGUAAUAGUGAUUAUCUAUGAUGUAGUAGUUGUUACCUAUGAUGUAAUAGUCAUUACCUAUGAUGUAGUAGUGAUUACUUAUUAUGUAGUCAUUACCUAUGAUGUAGUAGUGAUUACUUAUUAUGUAGUGUGUAUGUUCGUAUUUUGUGUAAUUCUAACCAUUGCAAAAUAGUGAUAUAUUGGCACUGUCUCAAAAGUGCAAAUAAGGAAAUUAAAUACAGAAUAUAAUUUAGAAAUAUGGGUCCUAUUAAGUUUUCACGAUACAUAUAUCCUCUGAGAAAUAGUAAGAACAUUGCAUACCAUUUGUUGUAGCAGUUUGGUCAAAGAGAAAAGCUACUAUCAUGACAGAUGUUCUACUUACAAUGUAAAGACCGACACCGGAUAGGAGAAGCAGGUACCGGGAGUCAGACAUUUAUUAGGGAACAGACAAGGAAACAAGACAGCAACAGCAUCAGAACACGGGUAACACUGACAUGAGACAAUUCAUCCCGAAGCAGGGAACAGACAGAUAUAGGGAAGGUAAUGACACAAGUGACACAAUGAUCGGCUAUGAAAAGCCAACUGACAUUUACUCCUGAGGUGCUGACUUGUUGCACCCUUGACAACUACUGUGAUUAUUAUUAUUUGACCAUGCUGGUAAUUUAUGAACAUUUGAACAUCUUGGCCAUGUUCUGUUAUAAUCUCCACCCGGCACAGCCAGAAGAGGACUGGCCACCCCUCAUAGCCUGGUUCCUCUCUAGGUUUCUUCCUAGGUUUUGGCCUUUCUAGGGAGUUUUUCCUAGCCACUGUGCUUCUACACCUGCAUUGCUUGCUGUUUGGGGUUUUAGGCUGGGUUUCUGUAGAACACUUUGAGAUAUCAGCUGAUGUAAGAAGGGCUUUAUAAAUAAAUUUGAAUUGAUUUGAAGUAAUUGAGUCCACGUGAGUCCAAUGAUCGCUGAUGCGCGUGACGGGGAGCAGGUGUGAUAUUGCAUUAUGCAAUAUGACAUUAGAAAAUGUAGGCUAUAUUUUCAUUUGACUUGUAUCUGCUUAAAAUGAAUUUAAACACGUAUUGUUUUAUGUCUUCUUUUUUAACAAUAGACCUGUAUUUCCGUUCCUUCCUGAUCACGUUGUCAUAAUAAUACAGCUAGAUUUUAUGCACCAAAGCGUACAGAAUAUUUUCCAAUCAACUCUUAGAUAAUAUACCAAAAAAUAGGACUUAUUAAACUACAAAUGACCACCAAUGAAUUGGAAGAUCAAAAAAUAAAAUUAUUUGUAUUAUUUUUAAUUGAAUAUUCAGUAUAUAUUUUUACAUGUUUUACAGCCUUUUAUUUUGGUGAGACAGAGAAGUAAAUGAGCUCUCAGAGAGGAACUAUUUCUUCGACAUAAUUUAGGUUUGUUUUAACAGAGGUCUGGGGUCUAGGCACAACACUCAUGCCUCUAGGAGAUUGCAUGGUACAUGUGAGGAAUCUAUUUGGCCGGAUCCAGUCCCUCUACAUCCGUACCUCCCACUGUUUGCAAAGUACAAUUUUAAAUAAAAGCGAUCAGAGUUCA